AUGGGGACUGUACCAGAUCCUCUGAGAUCUGCCAAGCUUCCCCUGGGCACAGCUUCUGUGGAGGAGGAACACCUGGGAGACCUGCAGCCCGCUAAGCACCAGCCCCAGCUACCCAGUGGAGAGAAGGCCAGCAAUGGCUUCCCAUGCACGCCAUCCGGCUCUGCUGGAGUUUACUUGUCCGACCUGAAAUGCACAGCGGCUGCACAGAAGUGUGAGCAAUGCUGCAAGGACCAUAGUAGCCAGCGUGAAGCCUGUCCUCCUCGGAUCUUCAGCAAAGCUGCGGAGGGGUGUCCUGCAGCCACAGAGCCUGCUGGACCCGCAGCAGCAGCAGGCCCCCCUGCAGCAGGAGGCCCCUUGUCGGGGUGCGGGCCAGAGAUGAUGCCAGCCCCACAGAGCUCCCGGCAGUGUGUGCAAGGCAGCCAGGCAAAAACGAGCUCCCUGACACAAAUAGAUGACUCUGCCUUGAAACCUCAGGGGACUGAUGGUCAGCCAGCACUUGAGGUGUUAAAUUAUUCUUUCCCAGGCGACCCUGUCAGGGGUAAUGAGUCCUGUCCUGCUUCUCAGGCAAACCUUCUGCAAAGAGGGGAGAAAGACAGGGGAGCAGAACAGUCAGCAAGGCACACCGAAGCUGCCCUGGGGAGAGACCCACAGGCCAGUUUGGAGGCAAAAAGUGGGCCUACAGACACCACGCAGUUGCUUGCCACAGAUAAGACUGAAGAGAUGCAGAGCACCAAGGCACCAGCCCAGUCUAGCCACGAGAGCCAGCAUCCUGAGCACAGCGUGGACCCCGGGCCGGGGAGUCCAGCCCCUACCCAGCUGUCCAGAUUCAGAGAAACGGGUACAAUGACAGUUCAGCCAGAGAGCAGCUCUUUAACUCAGGAAGCAGUAAGCAGGACAUGGCGAGAUGCUGAGGUUCAGGCUGUGGCUACUGUGGAGAGCAAAUCGGCCUCCACCAGUCCCAGCAUCCUUGCUGCCUUCUUAAAAGGGAAUCCUAGCCCAGAGGAGAAGGAAGAACUGCACAUAAUUUACCAAGGAGGGAUGGGGCUGAGCCAGUGUGCACUUACUGACAGUUUAUCUUCACAACAGAAGUCCCCAUGUUCUCCUGGUAUCAUGUCAAAAUCGACUGAUGUUGUGGCUGUGACUGCUUCAGCACAAACUGAGCCUGUCAAACUGCCUGGGGUCCAAUCUGAUGUGGCGUCUCCAGUGUCAGCAGAUAAUGCAAAACCUGUUCUUCCCUUGUCCCCUUCAGCCAUUACCUCCCAAGAGACACCUGUGGGUAAUGCUGAAAUGAUCAGUGCAGCCCGUGAAGGCAAGGGUGCUGCUCAGCUGCCAGUGGAUGGGCCCGUUCCACCAAAGCACACCCCACCCAUCCAUGCUGGGCAGCUUGCAGUUAACUCCAGUAAUCAAACUCCAGCACAGUCUGGGUCUGGCACUGGUGAACCAAGCACCACUUCUGCUGCCACUGCUCCAGGAACCCAGAACAAUGUGCAAGAUCCUGUCCAUGGUGCACAAAGCAGUCAGUUGCCUUCACACUGUAGUACUGACACAGAAGUCAAGGAGAAGGAGGUCCUGGGCAGCUCUGAGCAAAAGCCUGGGCAAAGUAAGGGUUUGGGUCAAGGGGAGGCCGUUACUAAUCAAUCCGUGUUAAAACCAAAGGAAGAAAACUUGGUGGUGCUUGAUCCUAAAGGAGACAUGAAUGUUAGCAGCCAACCUGCUGCUGUCCACAUAAAGGUGUCCUCAAAGGAUGCGGGUGAAAAGGAGAGCAGAGGCCAGGCUCAGACAGUCAGCAGCCAGAGCCUGCAGACAGGACUGAUGCCCGAGUUGAGUGUGAGUUCUGCACAUUCCACCCUUCCUUUGGAGGCAUCAGCAGCUCCCCAGCAGCAAGGCCUCCAGGCCAGGGAGUCCAGAUGUGAGCUUCACACAGCAGCUCAUCCUGCUUCAGCUCAGGCCUUACCAAACCUGGGGGAAAGCAAAAAGCAGCCCACCCUGGCCAUGGAGGCAAAAGUGCAGGUGAAGCAGUCCAAACACGUCAGGGAUGUAGUUUGGGAUGAGCAGGGCAUGACAUGGGAGGUUUACGGUGCUUCCCUCGAUCCAGAAUCCCUGGGAAUUGCCAUCCAGAACCACUUACAGAGACAAAUACGGGAACAUGAGAAACUGAUCCGGGCCCAGAACAGUCAGACCCGGAAAUCCAUUUCCUCGGAUACAUCCUCAAAUAAAAAACUGAAAGGGAGGCAGCACAACAUGUUCCAGUCCAUGCUGCAGAAUUUUAGGCGUCCUAAUUGCUGCGUUCGACCCGCUCCCUCUUCUGUGUUAGACUGA